AUGUCUGACUGCAGAACAAUGUCCCGUGCAUUUGUGCAGGAAUUUAUUGGAAUCUACAAAGAACUACCUUGCCUGUGGCAGACAAAAUCAAAAGAAUAUUUGGAUAGAGAUAAAAAGAAUGAAGCCUAUAAGAUAUUGGUGAAAAAACUGCAAACUAUUCAACCCGAUGCAACAAAAAAUACUGUGGUAACUAAAAUUAAUAGUCUUCGUGGUGGUUUUCGAAGGGAGUAUAAAAAAGUUGUUAACUCGAAAAGAAAUGGUUCAGGUUCAGAUGAUAUAUACAUACCUUCGUUAUGGUACUACGACUUACUUCUGUUUCUUCGAGACCAGGACAUACCAAGACAGUCCACUUUGAACGUUCCUGGUGAUAAUGAUAUGCACGACUCAGAGCUUUUUGAAACAUAUAACGAGGAAACUGGAAGCUUUGCUGAGACUGAGAAAGAGCAAGAAGAUAAUCCUAGAAAUCUUAAUAUUGACAGUACUGAGAACGAAUCUGGAAAUAGUGUCCAUUCACCUACGACUCCUUCUGCAGUUCUUAUUGAUAACACCCAAUCUUCGUCAUUGCAAAGCCAUUCGAUUACUCCUUCAUUAAAUAAAAGAGCUAAGCUUAAGUGGUAUGGAGAGUUUCCUAUCUUUAAGCUUCCGGUAAAACUGGCUGUACUCAAUAACUCCUCCAGCAGAUAUGCGGCCGUUGAUACCGAAAUCACACACAAUGAACUCAAAACUAGAUAUGAUGUAAAUGAAAGUCAAGAGAGUGAGCUGAGCUCAGUACCAAGUCCACCAAUAUCCAGACCUUGUAGUAGUCAAAAUUUUCUGAUAAAAUGUAGUGUGGUCAAUAACACCUAUAUCAGAUAUUCGACCAUUUACUCCAAAAUCAACCAUAAUGAACUCAUAAUUUGCGUUGACUAUAGCCAUGAGCACUAA